CUAACCGACUACUACUACUACUACACGCACACGAGACCCAGAGAUCCGGCAUUCAUUUGUUCGGAAAAUCGUGCGGCGGUUUUAUAUGUUCGUGUCGAGUGCUUCUUUCCACCAAAAGUAGUUAUACAGUUUGUUUCUUUAUCUUUCGAACAGUACUGAAGAUUUUUUUUUGAUAUUAGAGUUUCGAAAAUGUUUUUUCGUUUCAACUAAACAAUAAGUGAUUGUUCUAAAUUUUUUUUGGAUAUUAUUAUAUUUUAAAGUGGAUAUAUUUUAUAUAUUAUAUAAUUAUUAAGUAAUUGUCUCACAAAAUGGGUGCGAAACAGUCAAAGAGAUCAGUAGAUAUCACAAAUUCUCCAACAAAAGGUGAGGCCGAAGCUAUUGGAGAAGGUGAAGGAAGAGUAGUCAAAAUUGGCGAUGCGGAUAUCAAGUCCACAACGAAUGGUGCUGUACCACACACAGAUAUAGAAAUAGGGGAAAAAGAUGAAACCGCGAAAGAACUCACCGCCGAGAAAGAAGAUGCCGAAAAAGAAGUAGCAGAAGUUAAAGAGAACGGCGUAUCGGAAUCGGAAGAUGCUAAAACACCCGAUUCGGAAUCCGUAGGAGAUAAUUUGAAUGAAACGGAAAAAUCGCCGGAAAGUACAGAAAAUAAAGUAGAAGAAACGGCGGAAGCAAAGAAGCAAAAAGAAAAGAAGAAAAAGAAAUGGUCGUUUAGGAGUAUAUCUUUUUCCAAGAAAGACAAAUCGAAACCCGCAAAGGAUUCCGAGAAGAACGGGGACGUUAAAGAAGUGGCAGAAGAGAAUGUCGAUGAAACCGCAACUUCUCCAUCCACUGAAACUCCAAAAACAGAGAAAGUUGAAUCUCCCGAGGAGACUCCAGUUUUGAACGGUGAGGCUUCAAAAGAGGAACUCGCAAAUGAUGAACCCAAAUCCGAUGCUGCUGCUGCUGCUACCGAGGAGAGAAAAAAAGAAGAACCGUCGGUAACAGAACCUGUUAAAGAUAAACCUGAAACGGAACCGGUAUCAGAACCUAAGGUGGAAGAACAUAAACCCGAGGAACCAAAGCCAGUAGAUGCUGAACCACCUAAAGUCCCUGAACCCGUAGUUGAAUCCGAUCCCUCUCCCAAGGAACAAGAGGAACCCGCUCCCACAAAUCCACUUGUAGAGGAAAUCAAAGAGGUGCGUAACGAGGAGCUCCCUCCUCCCCUACCCUCCUCUAACCCACCCUCCUCGGUGACGGUAUUUGCCGAAUCCACUAAAGCUGACAUUUUAACAACCGCACACAUUGAUUUAUUAGAGACAGCUUCUGCAGAAGUAAUUAAAUCCGAAGUAGAACCCGUCCCUGUUUCAGAUGUAGAUCUGAAACAUCCUGAUCAAGAAAAUGUUACUGAUAUUGCGGUUCCUAAAGAAUCCGAACCGAAACUCGAAAUUUCUCCAGAAAUUAUUUCCGAAAAUGAGGUAGCUAAAGAAUCUGAAUCCAAACCCGAUAUCAUUCCAGAAACAAAUGUUGUAGAUUCCCCAGUUGCGGCAGCAGAUAUUGAAAAACCAAUUGCAAAUUCCGAAGCUGAAGUAGCUGAACUUUCAUCGGUAGUUUCAGAUUCUUCAGUUUCGGAAAUUAAGGUAGCUAGUGAAUCUUUAGCAUCUAUUCCUGAUCCUGAACUUUGCGAAUCCGAGGCAGCAAAACACUCCGAAAUCGAAGUUGUUUCGGAACCAGUAUUUUGUGAAACCAAGGUAGCUAGUGUAGAAUCUAUAACGUCUUUAGAACCUCAACCCGCCGAAACAAAUUUAUUGAAAAAUAUUUCCGAAAAGUCACUUUUAACCGAAACUUGUCUUUCACCCGAAAAGUUACUUGAAAAUCCAUCUGAGCAGGAAACUUCGGAACCUCUUAAUUCGUUGAAUGCAGCAUUGGGACCUCAAAUAACCGAAACACUAAAGACAACUUCCGAAGCUUCUCUUCGAGAAGAAUCGCAACAAAAGUCUGAAACAGAAUCAAAGUCUGAACUACUAACAAUGUCAUCAGAGAUUUCCGAAAUUUCUCUUACCCAAUCGAAUAAGACUGAUCCCGCCGAGAGUUUAAGUAGUCUUCCACCCCAAAGUAUAGACUUACCUCCUCCACCAAAUGUGAUUGAAAAUUCGAAAAUUUUAGUUCCUGAAAUCAAUGAAAAACCUUCCGAAAAACCAACGCCAAUCAAAUUAUCUGCUUCCGAAUUGUAUAAAGACUCCUCACAAGCUACUGAAGAAUCAAUACCACCUACUGAAGAGUCGGUACAACCGACAAAAUCUGAGAACAACGCUGAAGAUUCCUUACAAGAUAAGGCUGAAAAACAUAGUUCGGAAAUGGAAGUUAUUUCAGAUGAUUCUUCACAGUUGGUAAAGCCUGAAGAAGAAUUUGAAAACUCUAAUACUGAAUUACCAUCUACAGUUACUUCUGAGGCCAAUUCUGAAGACAAAUUUGAGAAAUCUGCCAAUGAAUUACCAGCAGCUUCCACUGAAGUCAUACCUUCUGAAUUAUCUUUAGUAUAUUCAGAAGAAUCAUCCGAGACUCUCCUUGCCUCAGAAUGCGUACCUUCAGAAGAACUGAAACCAUGUGGUAAAGUAGAUGAUUCCGAAGAAAAAUCUGCAUCAGAAGAUUUUCCCAUUGAUUUACCUUCCCCUACCGAUCUUCCUCCACCAUCGUCUGUUAUCUUGGACCGUGUAGUUGAUCCAGCUGAUUCCUUGCCUGAUAUAUCGACAGAAUCGCUGCCGUCCCUUCCGGAACCAGUUUCUGAUAAUUUAGCCGAGCCCAUGUCUUUACCUCCAGUAGAUUCAGUACCCGAACCAAUUGCUACUGAUUGUCUGACUCCUAGCGAAUCUAUCCCCCAUUCCCAUCCCGUCCUCACUAACGGGAACACCAAUGGAUUACCUUCUCCAAGCGAUGACGACGUACAGAUGUUGAAAGAAGGACAACUUAAACAGGUCCCUCCUGCAGAAACUCCAAGUGAAGUAGUAAAAAAUGAUACUGAGAAUGUAACUGCUUCGGAAGUAGCAUCAGUAGAAGAGUAAGAUUGUGUCUGUCCUACCAUCAAAUGAACUAAGUUUUAUACAUACGUUUUAAAUGAACUACAAAAACAAAAAGUUGAUCAUUCACUUCGGGCAGUGAUCGAGUAAAUCCGACCAAAAAAUAAAAAAAUGGAAGCUGCCUAAAUACAUAUUUAAUAAAAAACAUGUUUAAAAUAACAAAUGUAAUCAAAGGUUUUUUAAUACUCUCAUGAUGAAAUAUUUUAUAAUGUCUUUAGAAAUCUGAACAGUUUUAUAUAUGUCGUGAAAACGGCUUUUUAAUCGUAUACAAUUUUUGUAAUAUAAAACAUUUAGUAUAGCUUAGUAUUUCUUAGGUGAGCUAUCUUGUGUUGUCAUCACUAUUCGAUUAUCAUUUAGGCCAGUCUGUUUCACUAUAGACCGGACUCUUUGUUUUUAUAUUUUAAAAUUAUUCUCUAAUAAUCCUUAUUUUAUUUGUAAUUAUUAUUUUUACCGUAGCUUUUAUUUAGAUUAGAUACAUAUCUUAUAAUAAAUAUAAUAAUAAUAAUAUAAAAAAGGGAAGUUAUAUACUUACUCGGUGAACUUUUUGUAAAUGUAUUUAGCUGUUGAAUUCUACUAAAAAUUGUCGGUCCAAUGUAAGACUCUUUCACCAGGAUAUGUUUUUAACUGUAUAAAAAUUUGAAAAAAAAAAUAGUAUAAGUGUGUAGAUCGACCGUUUUAAAUAUUGUGCUUCUUGUAUUUUCUUCUAUAUAGGCAACUAGUUUAUUUGAAGCUACAUCUUUGGUAAAACAUCAUCAAGUACCAUUAUUAGGACAUAUAUGAGGAAAUAAAAUGUUUAUAUUGUUUCACCAGGUAUUGCUUUUUUCAAUCGAAUAUCUUUUGAAAAAAAAAUAGAAGCUUUUGUCAUUUCCUACACUUCACAGAGAUAAAAAAUAAUGGAGCUUUUAUAAGGGAUGUUCAUGAUAAUAGCGUUAUAGCAAAAUGCUAAUUAUUUCAGGAAAAGAAAACUGUAAUGACAAGCACAAAAAAUAUUUUUUUAUAUUUCUUUUAUAUCUCAGUUAAUUAAAAUAAAAUCACUGAUUAUUCGAUAUAAUUUUUCUAGUACAGUGGUGGAUUUAGGCACUUUAACUGUUAUGCCUUCAUACUUUACGCAUCUGCCUAACCUAACAUAACCACAAAUUACUAAUGAAUUUAAUCACUUAUACGCUCGUAAAAAACUUACAAACUUAAAAGUGUGUGAGUUUGAUGCCUUGCAAGAAAACCUUAGAUACAACUGCUAGGUUGUUCUAAUUACCUUCAAAUACGGAAACCAUUGACAAAAUACAAGACUUAUCUGGAACUCGUUACUAUAGGGUAGAAGCAACAUUUGUGCCCGGUGUAAGGCGUGUUUUAAAAUUAAAAAAUCAUACAAAAACUCUGAAUAAUGAAAAUUGUACAGAACUAAUGGUUGUAGUAUUUUUUUUAAAUACUUUGAAUUUCACAACCUUGAGAAUAUUUUUGUGAUUUUCCGAUAAAAGUGAACCUGUGAAAAUAAACUUUUUGUGGACACAUGUGGUCUUUUAAGGACCUGUUUUGGCCACUAAUGAUUUCAAAACAAAAAGUAGGUACCUACAUAGGUAUAUAAUAGAAUAGGAUAGAAUAGAAUAAACAAUUUUGGAUUUAAAAGCUCUCGUUGACGGAAAAGUAAUCUCUUGAUAAUUUCAAAUUCAUUAUACCAAAUGUUCAGUCAGUCAUUUCCACAACUUUCUAUUGCAUUAACUUAUAUUUGAUUUUUCUUUCGAUUCGUGAAUUUUUCCAGGGAAAAAUUAUUAAUCUUCGUAUUGUUAUGCCUUCAUACUUUACCACAAAUUACUAAAGGCCUCUUGACAUGAUGCAAUAUAACGUGCAAUGCAAUGCAAGACGCAAUAUUUUUUGAUAAAAAGCAUGCGCAGGAUAAAGUUUAGCUGAUUGUUUCAUGCAAGAUCUCGUAUUUGCAACAUCAUCGGUUUGGUGCCAUUUUUAUUGCGUGCAAGCUGCAAUUCUAGGGAGAAAUCUAGUGACUUGACUUAAUAACCAAUCUAUCCAUCAGACUCCAAACCAAGGACAGCAGUAAAUAUAAUUAUUGAUAGUGAUCCACUAUCCACUUUUUUACUUCGUUACUUAUUCACUUAGUCUUGUAUCAUCAUUUUUAAACCGAUCACAAAUUUUAGGUAAGGUAUUUGUUUAAUUCACUUAUUGAAUUUGUGUUAGUGGCAGCCAUAAUGCAAUUACAAGAAAUUGUAUGCAAUUUCUUGCAAUUUGUCUUGCACCAUGUCAAGCGGCCUUAAUGCAUUUGAUCACUUAUUUGCUCGGAAAAACUUUCAAAUUUAAAAGUGUGUUGGAGGUUAUUCUAAUAAAACGCAAGGCUUAGCUAGAAUUUGUUGCUAUAUGUUAUUCAUUCUUUUUGAAUCGAAGUAUGCUUGAUCGGAAGGAUCUUGGGAAAAAAGUAUACAUACAUAACUUUCGAAAGAAAUUCAUAAAAGUAUAGUUUCUAAAUUUAUUACUAAAUGGUUUGUUAUAUUCAACCCUAUUCUUUCGAUUUGUGUUUACAUCAAUUUGAAAUAUUUAAAAUUGUGCUGAUUCAUUAAUUUUAAAAUUAAAUGAACUAACUUUGAAGAAACUUUCACAUUAAAUAUUUGUGACAGCCAUUGCCAGUAUAUCUAAAAAGAAUCCAACAAACUACUUCAGUUUAUUGGAUUGCACUGAGUUGGAGAUUGAAACUAAAACAUGAAAAUUUAUAAACUUAUCCCAAAAUUACAUACAAUUUUCUAGGAAAGUAAUUUGGAAGAAAAUAAGUGAAAUAAAUGUAGAAUAAUGCAUUUUUUCAUCCUUGUGUAAAUGUAAUAGAACUACAAGCCCAUUGGAAAAAUUAGAGGAGCAAAAAAAGUAAGUAACCACCCCAAUCAUUGCGUAUAAAUGCUGUACUGUAUCAAAUAUCCUUAAACGUUGUGGAAAUUUUCACAAAUUCAAAAAUUUUCCCUGCACCUGGUACCAAUGUUUUUGUACGGCAUUAGGCGUAUAUCAUUAUUUUUGUAUUACCUACUUAAGUUAUGAAUGCCAUACAUAUAUGUUUCACCAAAAAGUACCCCCUUCAGUGCUAGAUUAAUCUUACCUUUGUAUUCACCUGUACCGAUAAGAAUUUAUGGCAUAGUUUCAAAAUUGUUUGUUAAUAUAGUACUAUUGAUUAAAAUGGUGACUCAAAUGACCCCUCAAAUUUUUCCAUUGGGAUUGUAGUCUAUAAUAAAACCUUCAUAUGGUUAGUAGAGGAGUGCGUGCUGUAAAAUCAACUAUUACAAAACAUAAAUAGCAUCUUUAAAAGAGUUGUUUACUAAUAGUUUUUAGUUGAAUUAUCAUGCCUUAUAUUAUUUCUGUGAUGGAAUGUAAUUCUAAGCUAAAUAAAAGGAAUUGUAAAAAGUAGAGAUUUGCGAUUUGCUGAUUAGUGUGUUGGUAGUAGGAUGUGGUCAAAAUAACUUCUAAUCUACAUGGACAUUUACCGCUUCGUGUUUUGUCUUGAAAAAAUUUUAAAUUGAAAUCAGUUGUUUUCGAAAAAGAAAAAUAAAUAAAAUGAAAAUAACACAACGAAACUAGCGUGUCUCAAAAUUUAUAUUAGCAAUUAGGUUUUUGAAUUCGUUUUAUAUCAAAUCGAAAAGUAUAUUCUGUCUCUUGUAUUCAAUGUUCCACGGCUAUUUGAUAUUUCGCUAUAAUUCUAACCGCCGACUUAUCAAAAAGGCUGUGUGUGUAGGUAAAAAUGAUUGAAAUAUAAAUCUUCAUGUACGUGUGAAUGUGUUUAUAAACAUAAAUAUAUAAUUUAGGAUGUUUAA